AGCUCAAAGUGUCGUCCGAUUAUGUGUUUCAGGGGAUCGUGGGUAAUUUGGCCAGCGGCAAGUCGGCCCUGGUGCACCGGUAUCUGACCGGCACGUACGUCCAGGAGGAGUCUCCCGAAGGUGGCCGAUUCAAGAAAGAGAUCGUUGUUGAUGGACAGAGCUACCUGCUGCUGAUUAGAGAUGAAGGGGGCCCCCCAGAGGCGCAGUUUGCCAUGUGGGUGGACGCUGUGAUCUUUGUCUUCAGCUUAGAGGAUGAGAUAAGCUUCCAGACCGUUUACCACUACUACAAUCGGAUGGCCAACUACCGGAACACGAGCGAGAUCCCUCUGGUUCUGGUGGGGACCCAGGAUGCCAUAAGUUCCAGUAACCCACGGGUCAUCGACGACGCCAGGGCGCGGAAGCUCUCCAGCGACCUGAAGCGGUGUACCUACUAUGAGACGUGCGCCACCUACGGGCUGAACGUGGAGCGGGUCUUUCAGGACGUUGCCCAGAAGAUCGUGGCCACAAGGAAGAAGCAGCAGCUGUCCAUCGGGCCCUGCAAGUCGCUGCCCAACUCCCCCAGCCACUCGUCUGUGUGUUCUGCCCAGGUGUCCGCCGUUCACAUAAGCCAGACCAGUAACGGAGGCGGGAGCUUAAGCGACUACUCCUCCUCCGUCCCAUCGACGCCAAGCACCAGCCAGAAGGAGCUGCGAAUCGAUGUCCCUCCCACUGCCAACACGCCAACACCUGUCCGGAAGCAGUCCAAGCGCCGCUCCAACCUUUUCACUUCUCGGAAAGGGAGUGACCCAGACAAAGAGAAGAAAGGCCUGGAGAGCCGCGCGGACAGCAUUGGGAGCGGUCGAGCCAUCCCAAUUAAACAGGGCAUGCUGCUGAAGCGGAGCGGCAAAUCACUGAACAAGGAGUGGAAAAAGAAAUACGUCACCCUGUGUGACAAUGGCGUGCUGACGUACCACCCAAGUUUACAUGAUUACAUGCAGAACGUUCAUGGUAAAGAGAUUGAUCUUCUGAGAACCACUGUGAAAGUCCCAGGGAAGAGGCCACCCCGAGCCACGUCGGCCUGCGCGCCCAUCUCCAGCCCUAAAACUAACGGCCUGUCCAAGGACAUGAGCAGUUUACACAUCUCACCAAAUUCAGGGAAUGUCACUAGUGCGUCUGGGUCUCAGAUGGCCAGCGGCAUCAGCCUGGGCUCCUUCGGCAGCCGGCAGGACGGCAUGCAGCAGCGCUCCUACUCUGUCUCCAGUGCCGACCAGUGGAGUGAGGCUACGGUCAUUGCAAACUCGGCCAUCAGCAGUGACACGGGGCUGGGCGACUCCGUGUGCUCCAGCCCAAGUAUCUCCAGCACCACCAGCCCCAAGCUCGACCCGCCCCCCUCCCCUCACGCCAACAGAAAGAAGCACCGAAGGAAGAAAAGUACCAGCAACUUCAAGGCCGACGGGCUCUCCGGCACCGCUGAAGAACAAGAAGAAAACUUUGAGUUUAUCAUUGUGUCCCUCACUGGCCAGACGUGGCACUUUGAAGCCACCACAUAUGAAGAGCGAGAUGCGUGGGUCCAAGCCAUCGAGAGCCAGAUCCUAGCCAGCUUACAGUCGUGUGAGAGCAGCAAGAAUAAGUCCCGACUGACGAGCCAGAGUGAGGCCAUGGCCUUGCAGUCAAUACGAAACAUCCGCGGGAACUCCCACUGCGUGGACUGCGAGACCCAGAAUCCAAACUGGGCCAGUUUGAACUUGGGAGCCCUCAUGUGCAUCGAAUGCUCAGGGAUCCACCGGAACCUUGGCACCCACCUUUCUCGAGUCCGUUCUCUUGACCUCGACGACUGGCCCAUAGAGCUUAUCAAGGUGAUGUCAUCCAUUGGGAAUGAGCUGGCCAACAGCGUCUGGGAAGAGAGCAGCCAGGGGCGGACAAAGCCCUCACUGGACUCCACAAGGGAAGAGAAGGAGCGGUGGAUCCGGGCCAAGUACGAGCAGAAGCUCUUCCUGGCGCCGCUGCCCUGCACAGAGCUGUCCCUGGGCCAGCACCUGCUGCGGGCCACCGCCGACGAGGACCUGCGGGCCGUCAUCCUGCUGCUGGCGCACGGCUCCCGGGAGGAGGUGAACGAGACCUGCGGAGAGGGGGACGGCCGCACAGCGCUGCACCUGGCCUGCCGGAAGGGGAACGUGGUCCUGGCGCAGCUCCUGAUCUGGUACGGGGUGGACGUCAUGGCCCGGGACGCCCAUGGGAACACGGCGCUGGCGUACGCGCGGCAGGCAUCCAGCCAGGAGUGCACCGACGUCCUGCUGCAGUAUGGCUGCCCCGACGAGCGCUUCGUGCUCAUGGCCACGCCCAACCUGUCCCGGAAGAACAAUAACCGCAACAACAGCAGCGGGAGGGUGCCCACCAUCAUCUGAGGGCCGCGCGCCCACCCGCCCGCUGCACCCGGGCGCCCUCUCUCGCGGAAGUCACGGCACGUGAGUCCCGUCCGUCCCCACCCUCUUCCUGGUGGUCACCCGCCCUCCCCCCACGCGAAGUCACAAAACCUGACUGUCCUCGUGGGGCGAAGAGGAGGCCAGGAGGCUGCCCAGCAGAUUCCUUUUCAUAAACUGCCCUAACGACAAGCAGGAGCGCCCGGUGGGCCUUGGUUUGCUGACGAUAGCACACGGCGAGGGACCCCCUGCCCCCGUCCGUCCGCGGCCUGGAGACACGGAGCGCGGCGCGAGGGACGAGGACGAGAGGGGGAGGGGAGGCGAGGAGCAAGGAGAAGGGUAACUCUCCUUAACUGGCAGUUAAGCACAUCAGUACAUUUCACCUCUACCAAACGGAACACUCGAUUUCAUCUCCUCUCCGAGGAGCUUGACGGCAUAAAUCAGAAGCAAGCAGAGUUUGUCAGGUUUGAAGCCCCUAUGAUGGUAUGUGUCAAAUCAGUUGUAGCUAAUCUGUCCACGGAGAAUACCGGCUUCAUUACACUUGUAUAGUUGAGUUCUUCCAGCAUUACCGCUGUUUAAUAGAACAUGAUUAGUCAUCACCGAGAAGAAAGCAUAUUAGCCGAGGAGGUAGUUACGCAGCACGCUCUGAUGAUUGCCACGAUGUGAUUGCAAUACUUCUUAGAAGCAUCAUAUUAUCCCAGACAUGUUCUUUCGAACCCUUGGAGCCCUCCUUUCUAAAUUCACUGUCAUAAUUUAGUAUCUGUUUAAUUUUUCAGUCCAAAGAGAGGAAAUCAGUUGCUGAGUAUCAUUUGACUGGAGUCUCCUUGGUGCAAAAACAAAAUGGAAAAAAUAAAUAAGAGUAAGUCAGAAAUUCAAAAGGAAAUCACGAAUUCAAGCUAAUAACAUUUUGAGGCCAUGUAGUAAACUCAGUAAAGGCAUAAAAGGCUAUUCCCCAUCCCCCAACCUAAGAGAUAUUUUACUUCCUUUUGCCAAGGUGGAUGUCUUGGGUCUCGGUCACUGCCAGGCCACACCGGAGUGUCCCACAGGCUUCUGUGUCAUGUCUUUAGCUAAGAUUGUGAAAAUCUAUUUGAAUAAAACAAGUUCAUAAAUA